AUGCCUACGCAGCACCGCAUCCUGUCACUCGUCUACAAUGAGUUUGAAGCCCUCGAUCUCUUCGGCCCAUUGGGCGCCAUUGUCCCCCGCAGCGACUACUACACUCUCGAGUUAGUCAGCCUGCAUAACCUCGACUCCCCACGCGGCAUUGAAACGUCCAUGAAGAAUGGCAUCGGCGUGAUCCCGACCCUCACACUGGCCGAGGCCCUCCAGGAGGACCAGAAGUUCGAUACCCUGUUCAUCCCGGGGGGCUUUGGCAUGAUGCCACUGGUCUGGGACCCGAUCCUGCUGCAGCGCAUUGGUCAGCUGGUUGACCGCGCCCCCAACGUAUUUACUGUGUGUACGGGCUCGAUCUUGCUGGCUGCGACGGGCCGCCUGGAUAAGCGGAAGGCGACGACAAACAAGCGUCUGUAUGAUGAGAUGACGCCGAAGUACGCUGGUGUUCAAUGGCAGAAGAGGGCCCGCUGGGUGCAGGACGGGAAAUUCUUGACUUCUUCCGGUGUCACGGCGGGUAUUGAUGCGGGCUUUGCUUUCCUGGCGAGCACCUAUGUCGCGCCUGAGGACCGCCAGGUAGAGGCUCAAAAGUCUUCGCCCUGUGGCGAUGAGUCUCCCAUUCCGGGCUUCAGCAAGGAAAAGGCUCUGCGUCAUGCCCAUUUCGUCGCCUUUGGUUUGGAGUACCGCUGGCACUCAGAUCCGGCCGACGAUCCCUUUGUGGAUUUGCCUACCAACGAGAGCCCAUAG